GGUGCGGCAACUGGCAAACUUUUCUACCUGCCUUCUUAUUCUUCCUCAUGUGUCGCUUCCUCUGUUUGCUUGUGGCUUCUGACCUCCCUUUUUAACUCUACCUUCUUCUUUAUUUUCUUUUUGAGAGACUCUCCUUUCUCUAUCCUCUCCUCCUCCUCGUUACACUUGUCCCUCUCCAUUCCACGUCCUCCGAGUUCGACCAGAUUUGCUAUUUGAGCAUGUCUAGUGUAAAGCUAGUUGUCUCCGAGGACUCCAAACCCUUCCAAAUGGACUCCCUUCAAAUUCUAUAUCGGAAUUCACACACCCCAUCCAUAGAAGUAGAGGAGGAUAAUAACAACAAGAGAAUAGAAAUAAUGGAAGUCAAAGGAGAAGAGAGGAGUCCUGCCCCUCCUCCUCCUUCCUCCUGUUCUUCUUGUUCCUCGGACGAUGUUGGACUCCAAGAAGAGGAAGAAGAGAAAGAGAAAGAUCAAGGUAAGGAUGCUGGUGACUUUGGUGAAGAUGAAGGUUAUCACACACCGACAUCUCCAAGGAAUAGAAUUCCGGAGAUUUGCAGGUGCCCACCGGCGCCGAGGAAGCCCCCAACUGUGCUGUACGUGAAGAGGAAGGUGAGGGCCAGUCAGGCUGGACAACUAGUUGAUGUAGGGCGUGAGAUUGGAUCCACCUGGAGUGCAGAGCUUGCUGAUGCCGGCCCAAGGACUAAGAAGCCUAGGAGGGAAGCCACCAAUGCCUGAUGAUGCCAUGGUGCAUUCAUAAGCUAUAUAUAAACAUACAUGAUCUAUUUGCUUUUGAUUUUUUCCCCCCACAUCUUGAAUGAUGUAUGAUUAAGUUGUUUUGGGAUCCUUCAAACAUGAGCACAUAGAAGUAGUUUUUUUUGGUUGGCGCGUGUUUUCGGCUUUGUUUUGGAUGUUCUUUCUCCUCGUCAUGAAGCUUUUAUAUGUGUCUCUUAUUUCGAGGUAUA